CCACGCCUUAGCAGCGAUCUCACUGCAGUCUACGUCUUUCUCAUUUUGAUUCCAUCUCCCGCCUCAGGCUUCCCGAACGACCCUAACACGAAAACCCCCGCCAUUUCUUCGCACACCAUGGCUGUGCAAGGCGGAGCGGAGGAGGACGUGUACGCCACUCUUCUUCUGAGCGACUCGUACUUGCCUGGUGCUGUCGUGCUCGCGCAUUCCCUGCGGGAUGCUGGCACCACCAAGAAACUGGCCGUCCUGGUCACUUUGGAUACCGUAUCCGAGGAGGUCGUAACGGAGCUCCAAGGUGUCUUCGACUAUGUCAUACCCGUCAGUCGCAUUCAGAAUUCUCGGCCUGAGAAUCUGCAGUUGAUGAAUCGAACCGACUUGCACUCCGCCUUCACCAAGAUCAACUUGUGGAAGCUGGCCCAAUUCCGGAAGAUCGUCUACAUCGACGCUGAUAUUGUCGCGUACCGGGCUCCCGAUGAGCUCUUCGACAUAGCCGCCCCGUUCUCGGCAGCUCCUGAUAUUGGCUGGCCCGACAUCUUCAACACGGGCGUCAUGGUUCUGACUCCGAACUUGAAGGACUACAACGCCUUGGUGGCGCUGGCGGAGGAAAACACCUCCUUCGACGGCGCCGACCAGGGCCUCAUCAACAUAUAUUUCGGGGGCAAAUUCAACCGCAUCAGCUUCACCUACAAUGUCACUCCUUCUGGCCACUACCAGUAUACUCCCGCCUACCUUCAUUUCAAGUCGAGUAUUAGUUUGGUCCAUUUCAUCGGCUCCGACAAACCGUGGUUUAGUGGAAGGCGCGCCGGAAGCGGGGGCCCCUACGACGAGAUGACCGGUAGCUGGUGGUCUGUCUACGACCGGCAUUACUCGUCCUCAUCUGGUACGUCCUCAGACUUGGUGCGAUAUUUCACCAAGGGCGAGUACCACCCCUACGGAAACAAAUCUGCCUGGAAUUCCCAGAGGCAAUCCUCUUCCCAGGGUUCGCAGUACGGAGCUUCCAACUUCCCCACUACUGUUUACCAGACGGCUCCGGCAUUUGUUCCUAGCGACUCAUGGUAUCACCCCCCCGCCGCGAGGAUGAUAUUCCCUUGGGAAGCUCACAGGUCGCCGCCGUCACGCGUGUUUGACGACGACCCGGUUUGGACAGAGGAGGAAGAGGUAGAGGAGGAAGAGUCUGGCGCCGAAGACCCAGGGACGCCCACGGGCGAGAUGCGAUCCCCGUCUCUACUGGGAGAGUCUUAUUCCGUAGAGACGUCUACCGUUGGGCAAAAUACCGAGCCCACUACACCAACCACGCCUAGUCACAACAUGUCGUCCGAGUCGUGGUCCUCUUUUACUUUGACCAACGCUUGGGACGAGGUACCUGAGAUAGAGCGCUAUGUUGACGCGAUGCAGAAGUAUCGACGGAUGCGCAGCGCCAAAGGAUUCUCUGAGCUCCCAAACAAGGCCACAGAAUUCCCUAGCGAUAUCGAGCGCCCCAGCCUUCCUGUCACUCCAGUGCCUACCCGUCGGCCUCCUCAAUUCUGGUUUGGCCCUGUCGCUGGCAGUGGCAGCGCAGACCAGAAGACACCGCCAGCCGCAAAGGGCGUACCAGCGCAAAACGAGUGGCUUGAGAAACUGUCCGGGCAACCGACCGAGGAGGUGUUGCUGAAGCUCGAGAGUAAUAGUCGAGAUGGCAGUGAUUGGGCCCCUAGGCCCUCGCCUUUCGGCACCGACAAAUACCAACCAGCAACAAGCAGCUCCGGCUCAAGGUCUCUACCCAGUAAUGAGGCCGGCCGGGGGAUCGCGCCUCUAACGGGAUCGGCUCGAGGCAGUUCAGCCGCGGGUGCGGCACCUAUAUUAGAGCCUAGCUACGCAGGCCCCGGGCCUGCAUUCGAGAAAGGCGAGAAUAUUCUCACAGCGGACACAUCAAGUUCGUGGAUACCCACAUCUCGGCCUGUCGUGAGCGCGAGAGCGUCAGCUAUACCGGAACCCAGCUAUGCGGGCCCUGGACCUUCGUUCGAGAGGGGAGAAAACAUUCCCUAAGAAGUAGCCUCCACAGCGAUAACCCCGCGAAGCCAACAAAGGGA